AUGGAACCUGAACAUCCCCAACAAGCCCUGGCUUUAUGGGAAUUUCAACCAUACCGCCAAGGCCGGCCAUUAAACCACAUCAUCGACUACCCACCAAGAACCAUGCUCGGCUCAACAGAGACUCGUCUACCAUCUAGCACCCCCCCUGAAAGUGCGGAGCAAGAAUCAACCGAUGACUCUCCCGAGCUCGACUUAAACGCCGACGAUUUCUCUUCAGAAGGCUCAGAUGACCAAGCCUGGAGCGAGUCUGACGACCCCAUGGCGAGACUUCCGGAUUUCGACGAGGAGAUCAAGAAGUUGUGGAGAGAUAUCGUCACGGAUGGCUAUCGCAGGCUCGGAAUUCCACUCACUAACGAUGAGGCGUCCAAGGCGCCCCAACGCCGGGAGCCUGGGCCACCAAGACAGCCCCAGCAUCGCAGAUGGCCGCCGGUGCCGUUAAUCAGUAUCCUCAGGGAGCCCUCAGCGCCUGGCAGCUUUGACCUGAGCCGCAGGGCCCGCUUUCAGCUGCGCGAACCUCGUGCGAGUCUUGGAUAUCUCCGGGCUAUGGCCAACCGGAAGAAGGUGCGAUUUGUCGAGGAGCCAGAAAUUAUCCAAUUCACCCACGAGACCAAGACGGUCCAAACAGGAUCUCAGCGAUGUGGAGAUGGCGACAAGGAGGGGACCCCUAUGGAGGACUUAUGGGCGCGGGUUUUCGACAGGAAGUGCAAUUAA